AAAGCAAUGCGGCCACUGACUGAUGAGGAAAGCGACGGAGGGGUUUCGUUUAAGUCGGACAGCAACGGUGACCCCAAUCAUGAUAUUCGCAAGCUUACGGAUUGGGACGGCAAUUGGUUGCCAGCUCCUAUAGAAUGGGAGGGAAGACGUGGCUUUUCGGACCGCAACUUCUCCAGCCGUGUAGAGGGUUGGAUCGUUAAGACAGAGAAGGCCUGCCGAAACCUGGAGAUCAUAGACACAAGCGCUCCCAAAUUUCUGGCUAAAGAUAACGGAGAUGUUGCGCCUAGGGUCUGGAUUCCCCAAACGAUUGAUGCCGAAUCCCCGGGAGCUUUCUGGAGGACCUAUCAGUCACGAGCGCCGCCACCCAUGUCCGAUUUUGAUCCAGACGAGCUUCCUUGGUGGGAGAAGUACGAAUCACCGACUUCGAAUCUGCUGAAGUCUAUCGAGGUUCCCAAUGCAUUUCUGGACCGCGAGGAUCCUACCUACAGCAAAGCACAGCAAGACGACGGUGCUGCGGGAGCAAUCAAGCGACGCGAGCAUCUACUGAAGGCGAAGCAGGCCAGAGCGGCCGCCAAGACAAGACGCCAGCUUGCAGAAAGCAAAGCUGCCGCUAAGAUGUACGCUGAUCACCCGGAACCGCCUGACAACACACUCCAUCCCAAGGUCAAUGUUUUCGUGCGCCCAGCCUAUCCCGCCGACAUGGAGCAAGUCCGGGACAUCUAUAACCACUACGUCAUGCACACCAUUCAGGCCCAGGAGUUCGAGCCGCGUACACGAGCCAAUAUAGUCAACCGCGUCACGGACAUUACCAGCCACGGCCUUCCUUACAUCGUCGCCAUUGACAGAUCGCAUAAAGGUCCCAACGGCGGGCUCAGGCAUCUUCCCGACCGCAUUGUGGGAUUCGCGAAUGCUGAUGACUACGCCUCUGUCGGUUCCAUGUACCGGUUUACCGUUGAGAUGGAGCUCUACGUCCACCCUGACUACAGCCACAAAGGUGUCGGGAGCUGCCUGUUGGACAAACUUCUCGACCUCCUAGACAACGGCUACCGCGCGCGAGGUGGAUACGACUGGUUUGCAAAGCCAGACUACAGAUCAGAUGGCCAGCGUGUCGUGAAGACAGUCAACGUGCAAGUCCCGUACGACCACAACAACAACUACGUCAUUGAAUGGAUCAAACCAUGGCUGAAGAAUUUCGGCUUUAGGGCCGCCGGAGAUAUGCGCGGCAUGGCUUACAAGAACAACACCGUCAUCAAUGUUGCUAUCUUCCAGUUCGCCACGAGCGAGUACAUCGACCCGCGCGAACGUCCGACCAACCCACUGUAA